AUGGCUCCAGAGGUCCAUCGCCCUCUUCUUCUGCCACAGAAUCGCAAGCUGCGACAUCUGCGCGGCAUCUACCUUCGAAAUCUGACCUUUGGCCGACCUCGAGGCAGUACGGCAGAUGAUUCAGCCAUCAACAAAUCCCCGAGCAAGCUUGCUGCCCUCCAAGAUGGCGCCCGCCUCCACCACUCUCUCUCCUCCGAAACUCUACGACCUCCCGCAGGAAGGCGACGGAGUACAAACCUAUCAAAUGCAAGCCCCAUCACGAGACAGAAGCAGCUAGAGUACAUGGCCGACUCCAAGGUCGCGGACGCUUUUUUCUCUCUCCACUCCGAAGGUUAUGGAGAGCCCUUAUACAUCAGCGAAGUUGCAGAGAAGGCUACGAAUUUCAAUUUCCGCUUCUUCGAGCUUUCCCAGCUCGGAUCCUCCGUUACGCGUUCGUCCGAACUCACAGUGAAGAUAUGGGUCAAGAGAUAUCAGGGCCAGCAAGAUUGGAGCCUUCUGAUAGAACAGGACGUCGACCUGCGCUUUCUCAACUUCCUAGGCAGUCUUCAAAACACACACUUUCCGCCGAAUUGCCUCGUUUUCCAUCUCCUCGAUGGCGUCUACACCCUUGAGCUGCCUAACAAACCAGUUCUUCCCAAGCACGGCGAGCAACUCCCGACAUCCUCCUACAAUGCUCUCAUGCGUCUCGCGACUCUCGACACGUCAAUCCAAGAUGCCCUUGCCGUUCAGGAAGGGCUUACUACCCAAAUCAACAAGCUCAUCGCUGACGAAAAGCCGAAUGCACUCCCCGAAGCCGAGGACAAGGCCCAGUUGGCUAAGAGAUACAUGCUGCAGCAACAACGCGCAGCAAAAGCCGCACAGAAGAGAUGCGACGACCUUCGCACAUCCAUCAAAGCUCGCCGGCAGGCAAUUGCAGAUGGACAGACGGCACAGGUUAGAUCAGAGCGCGAUGUCCAGAAUGCGCUGGAGAAGCUAGCUGCGUCUAAGGAUGAACAAGAAAAGACAGCAGAGAAUAUACAUGGUCAGCGCCGCCGCAUCUGCGAGGACCUGACAGCAAUUUUCAACAUUUGCCCGGUUCCGCUGGGCCCACCUCUGAGCUUCCAGAUCUGCGACAUUCCACUACCUAAUUCAACGUAUGACACGACAUUGACCAACGCUGGAGAGGACUCGCUAUCUGCUGCUCUUGGUCAUGUUGCACUUCUGACCGACCACCUCCAGUAUUACCUCGGCGUGCCGCUGCCGUACCCGAUAACUCCUUUCGGCAGCCGAUCAAGUAUCAGGGACGACAUAUCCAUCCUUGCUGACCCGCAGCGUGAGUUCCCGCUUUACAUACCUCGCGGAGGAUCGAGUGCACAGUUUAGGUUUGACUAUGGCUGGUUUCUGCUCAACAAGGAUAUCGAGGCGCUAUGUAAUGCGCAGGGUCUCAAAGUUGUGGACAUCCGCGAUACGCUGCCAAACCUGAAAUACCUGCUGUAUGUAUGCAGUGCAGGCACCGACGAAGUCCCCGAGCGGAAGAGGGGAGGUGUGAGAGGUCUCUGGGCCGGAAGGAUGAAGGGAAGAGGAGUCAGUGUUGCGGACGAUACGAGCAGCGUCGGUGGUAGUCGACGAGGCAGUGCGGACAGUGAGCUUCUCAGUCGUCAGCGAGAGGAGCUUCGGCGCGCUAUCGGCCGCACAGGCAGUCUCGAGCGCCGCUUAUCGCCCACGGGCUUGCCAUUUGAUGAGAACGAGACGAAGUUGACUUUGCGAACGAAGGGUCUACGGGAAAAUGUCGUCAAAUAG